UUGUCUAAAAAUAUUUUAAUUAGUAUUUAAGUUUAUUAAAAAUUAUGCAAAGCUUAUGAGAAUCAAAACAAAAUUUUAUAAAAGUUUUGAAUUAGUAGUUAAUUUUUUAAAGUUUCCAAUAAGCUAAUGUAUAUUUUAAAGUAUAGAAGGCUUUUUCCAGUAAAAUUAUUGCAAAAGCCAGCGCAAAGUUCAAAAAUGAGUUCUGAAACUGCUUCAAAACCUAUUGCCGCAAUAUGCCAUAUGAGAAGUACUUGUGAUAAGCAAAAAAACUUAGAACAAAUUCGACAAAUAAUAAAAGAAGCUAAAAGUAAAUUGGCUAAAAUGGUCUUUAUUCCAGAAUGUUGCGAUUUUGUGGGGGAAAGUAGGGUUCAAACAUUAGAGCUAUCAGAACCACUAGAUGGCCGAUUAUUGAAAAUAUAUUGUGAUUUAGCUAAAACCGAUAAAAUCUGGUUAUCUUUAGGUGGUGUCCACGAAGCGUUGGUAGACAGUGAGGGUAUUAAAGCGAAUAAAAUUUACAAUACGCAUGUUAUAAUCAACGACCUGGGAGAAAUUACCGCCGUUUAUAGAAAACUACAUCUUUUUGAUGUAACUACUCCUGAUUUUAAAUUCAAGGAGUCUGAAGUUGUCGAAAAAGGAAGGGAAAUCGUCUCACCAGUAAAAACACCUGUAGGAAAAAUUGGACUUCAGAUUUGUUACGAUAUGCGAUUUUCAGAACCGAGUCUUAUAUUAAGUAAACAAGGUGCAGAAAUCUUAACCUAUCCAUCAGCGUUUUCUUAUUCAACUGGGAAAGCGCAUUGGGAAAUAUUGUUGAGAGCUAGAGCUAUUGAAAAUCAAUGCUAUGUUAUAGCUCCAGCUCAGAUUGGUUGGCAUAAUAAAAAGAGACAAAGUUUUGGACGAGGAAUGAUAAUUGAUCCAUGGGGCAAAGUAAUUGCAGAGUGUGAUAGUACUAAAGAUAUAGACGUUUCUGUGGCGGAAAUUGAUCUUUGUUCAUUGAAAACAGUUCGCGAAAAUAUGCCUUGCUUUGAUCAUAGAAGAUCGGACAUUUAUUCUCUUAUACCAUUGUCUAUGCAACAUUGUAGUGAAGGAGCUAAACAUGAUCAAAGUUUCGCUGAACAUACAAUUGACAAGAGAACAAUAUUUUAUGAAACUGAUUUAUCAUUUGCUUUCACUAAUAUACGAUGUGUCGUACCAGGACAUGUCCUGGUUGCGACUAAGAGAAUUGCUCGUCGCUUAAAAGAUUUAACAACAGACGAAAUAUCUGAUAUUUUUCAAGUGGUUGUUAAAAUACAAAAGAUGUUGGAACCUAUGUACGGCGCAUCUUCCUCCACUGUUAAUGUGCAAGAUGGACCAGAUUCCGGGCAAACAGUUGCUCAUGUUCAUUUUCAUAUUAUGCCUAGGAGAAAAGGAGAUUUCGCCCAUAAUGAUUUGAUUUAUACCGAACUUAAUAAACAUGAUCAUUGUCCGGAAACUGCUGCAAGAAGCUUAAAAGAGAGAAUUGAUGAAGCUGAAAAAUAUCGCCAAAAGUUGAAAUGUAUAUAUGUAUGAGAGAAUGCAAAAUAUAUUAAUUGCACUAUUUAUUUUAUUAAAAAAAAAUACAAAAACAAAUCUCAGAGAAAUUGAAAUGUUAGUUAAAAUUUUAGUAAAAAAUGCAGUUUUACAAUAUUUCACUAAUGAAAAUAAGAAUUAAAAAAAAUGU